AUGUUCCUUACCAGUGAAAGUGGGCACCGGCGGGCUUGUUCGUACCCUCGCCGCAAACGGGAAACCUGUUUACUAUGGUUGUUAGGACUGGCGUUACGGUUGACACUCUCCUCGUGCCAGCGCUCUGAUUUCGGUGCCUCCAAACACCCGAUCGUUUCCACCAGUUACGGAAAGAUACGUGGAAUUCGCAGGGACCUGAAUAACGAGAUCCUAGGCCCUGUGGAACAGUUCUUGGGUGUCCCCUACGCCACAGCGCCUGUCGGCGAGAGGCGCUUUCAACCGCCCGAGGCACCUGGGGCCUGGCAUGACAUAAGGAAUGCCACCAAGUUUGCACCGGCCUGCCCGCAGAAUGUACACGGAGCGCUACCUGAGAUCAUGAUGCCAGUUUGGUUCACUGAGAACCUGGAUGCUGCCGCCAUGUACCUACAGGACCAGAGCGAGGACUGUCUGUAUCUUAAUAUCUACGUACCUACUGAGGACGGUCCGCUUACUAAAAAACCUGACGAGUCUGCGAUGAACAGGCCGAGGGACGAAGAUAUCCGAAAUCGAAGGAAGAAGCCGGUCAUGUUGUUCAUCCACGGUGGUUCUUAUAUGGAAGGAGCAGGAAGCAUGUUUGACGCCAGUGUACUUGCUGCCUAUGGCAACGUCAUCGUAGUCACCAUGAACUACAGACUGGGAGUUCUGGGUUUUUUGAGUACAGGCGAUCAGUCUGCUAAAGGAAACUACGGCCUGCUGGAUCAGAUUCAGGCUCUACGGUGGCUCAAUGAAAACAUCGGCCAUUUUGGAGGCGACAGUGAAAGGAUUACCAUCUUCGGCUCGGGUGCAGGAGCAUCCUGCGUCAACCUGCUCAUUCUGUCCCAUCAUUCAGAAGGUCUGUUUCAGAGAGCCAUCGCACAGAGCGGCUCAGCCAUCUCCAGCUGGUCCGUAAACUACGAGCCUCUUAUGUACACCAAAAUCUUGGCCAAGAAAGUGGGCUGUAGCUCAGGGGACACUGCCGACAUGAUCAACUGCCUGAGGAGGAAGAGCUACCGUGAGCUGGUGGAUCAGGACAUCCAGCCGGCACGCUACCACAUCGCCUUUGGACCUGUGGUAGACGGAGACGUAGUGCCAGACCAUCCUGAGAUCCUCAUGCAACAGGGAGAGUUCCUGAACUAUGACAUCCUGCUGGGAGUGAAUCAAGGUGAAGGGCUGAAGUUUGUGGAUGAUACAGAAGGAGAGGAUGGAAUCUCUGCUGCCACGUUUGAUUACACCAUAUCCAACUUCGUGGACAACAUCUAUGGCUACCCAGAUGGUAAAGACAUCCUUCGCGAAACCAUAAAGUUUAUGUACACUGACUGGGCUGAUCGGGAUAAUGGCGAUAUGCGGAGAAAAACUCUACUUGCGCUGUUCACCGAUCACCAGUGGGUGGCGCCAGCAGUGGCCACAGCCAAGCUCCAUGCAGAGUUCCAGUCUCCUGUUUACUUCUACACCUUCCACCAUCACUGCCAGAUGGAGGGGCGCCCCGAGUGGGCAGAUGCUGCACAUGGAGAUGAGAUUCCAUAUGUGUUUGGUGUGCCCAUGGUGGGUGCCACUGACCUCUUUCCCUGCAAUUUCUCCAAAAAUGAUGUGAUGCUCAGCGCUGUGGUCAUGACCUACUGGACCAAUUUCGCCAAGUCUGGAGAUCCGAACAUUCCAGUCCCCCAGGACACCAAGUUCAUCCACACGAAGCCAAACCGCUUUGAAGAGGUCGUUUGGGCAAAAUUCAGCUCGAAGGACAAGCAGUAUCUUCAUAUUGGACUCAAGCCAAGGAUUCGAGACAACUACCGUGCCAACAAGGUUGCCUUUUGGCUUGAGCUGGUGCCCAGUCUGCACACACUGCAAAAGGAAAUUAUAAGCAACUCUGGCCUUGCCACCAGAUCACCUCCACCCGCUGGUGUCCCCCACAGGCCUGGAUGGAAAAAUACAGGGCUGGGUCCCAAUCUACCUGGUACGAGGCAACCCUCAAUUUCCUCCACAUACCCACCCGAUACAGAUAUCGAUCCUGAAGGUUCGGAGCGUCCACGUCAGUCUCCGUUCCCGGAGGUGGUUCGUGACUACUCAACUGAGCUGAGCGUGACUGUCGCGGUUGGCGCAUCACUGCUCUUUCUUAACGUUUUGGCAUUCGCUGCACUGUACUACAAACGUGACAAGCGGCAUGAGAUGAUGCUCCUACAACAGCGGCGGCGCCAUCGGCGGCUCUCACCCCAGCGCGGCACACCUGGUGCGCCAAUUCCCUCAACAGCCAUAGCUGUCGGCAACGAUCUGGAAGAGGAGUUGAUGUCAUUGCGGAUGAAGCAGCAGAGGGCUGAAUUGGACCUGGAACCACUUCGAUGCCCGCCAGAUUACACAUUGGCCCUGAGGAGGGCACCCGAUGAUGUACCACUUAUGAUGCCCAGCACCAUCAGUGCCAUGCAUGCCUUCAAUACAUAUCCCCCUGCUCCUGGGCACACCCCCAAUCCAGGCCCCACUCCUGGCUCCACUUCUAGCUCUGCACAUACCAACAAUGCUCUGCCCCAUCAGCAUUCCACCACUCGUGUAUAGUAGCUUGCCAACACACUAACAGACUUCCUGCGCUGAGAGUGGCGCGCUAAAGAAAUUUACCAUCCAACACAUCAGUCCAGUGAAAAAGGGCACUCAAUUCCAAUCCUGGAACAUCAGCAGUUAAGUAUCAUAGUCUAAUGAAGUCCAUGCUUAAAGUUACCCCUUUAAGCUGCAGUCAGGUGUGCCAUAAAGUGAAAGGGAAUAGAGAAAGUUCAAAGGUCAAUGUACACCCAACUAGCUGACAGUCACAUCUUCUUUAUUGCUAGAGGAAUUGUGUU